CGUGCGCCAACACGCCAGUGGAUGGUGGAAGUCUGCGACCUUUUAGGCUGCGAACAGCGAGAUUAAAUAAAUAGUUGUAUUUAUUAUGUUUCAUUAUUUAUAAAAGAGAGUCUGGGAUCAGUGGCUGAAGUUUAAGAGUUUCAGUAAACCGAAAUGUUUCGCUUCGUUCUGCUCGUUGGCGGCAGAAGAGUCGCUAAAAGGCUUGUCUCCACAUUUUCCGAUGACGCUGUUCUGCCCUCAAACUUGCGGCUGCCCUUGAACCUCGUGGAUCCAACCAGAUUAAAGCGGCCACCGCCGCCUCCACACUGUCCCCUGCCUGUCCUGAGGACGUGUGAUGCGCCCGUUCCUGCUCAUCUGAGCCCCGUCCAAACGUGGGUGGAGUCUCUGGAGAAAGUGGACAGUGAGCCACUGGGAUUGGCUCAGCUCCACCCUGACGUUUUUGCAGUGCCGCCGAGGGUGGACAUCAUCCAUCAGGUGGAAAUGUGGCAGAGAACCUUCAAACGGAUCAGCCACGCCCACACAAAGACCAGGGCAGAGGUCAGAGGUGGCGGCAAGAAACCAUGGCCACAGAAAGGAACUGGAAAAGCUCGCCAUGGAAGCAUCAGAUCGCCAUUAUGGAGAGGAGGUGGGGUGUCUUUUGGACCCAGAGGCCCAAAAAGCUACUAUUACAUGCUGCCCAUGAAGGUACGAGCACAAGGCCUCAAGGUGGCGCUAACGUUUAAGAGAGCUCAGGGUUUCCUUUACGUGGUGGACUCCCUGGACAUUCCCACUCCAGAUUCUGAGUUCCUGUUGGACCUGAUCAAACACAGACACUGGGGGGAGUCUGUCCUCAUCGUGGACGAAUGUGAAGAGUUUCCUGGAAACAUCCUUCAGGCCACAGCUGCUUUAAAGACGGUCAGCUUGAUUCCUGCUAUUGGUCUGAACGUGCACAGCAUGCUGAAACACGAAGGCCUCGUCCUCACGCUGCCGACCAUCAAGUUCCUGGAAGAGAAGCUGCUGUGGCUCAACCACCGUUACAGGCUGCUGUACCCGUGCAACCUGCCCUACUCAGACUUCCCGUAGAUGCAACAGCUGGAACGCGUAUCGGUUUAUUUUAUGAAGAAAAUAAAUAAAGUUACCAAAAAAAAGUCAUGGAAACUUAAAAAACAAAACAAAAAACACGUACAGCAGCUCAAGGCCUAAAAUCGGUAAACAUAUUUGUGAGGAAGGACACCGUUGGCCAAGUCGUUCCUGAUCUCCCACCGCAGAGAUGAGCGCUUCUUCUCUGUUGGCACAACGUACGUGUUUGGUACGUAAACCCGCCGAGGUUUAGGCUGAAAAACACAAAUCCAAAAUUUGUUAGUGUUUUAAAUAAUAUACAUUUACAGU